AUGACAACUAUGAACCGAGUGAUCCGAGCUGCUGAAGAUGCGUGGGACUUGAGUGGAACUGCUAGCAUGCAGGUAGCUGCAGAAGAUGAGGAUAGUGUUCUUGACUUUGACGGUGAUUAUAUUGCCGUUACUUCGAGCUCACAAUCCCCGUCGCCUUCAGACUCCGAUAUUGCUCUGCGAUAG